UUUAUACAUUAUUAAGUAGAAAUACCGUUUUAAAGCAAUUUUAUACGUGAUAAUAAAAAGCACUUGAAUUUUUAAAUUAUAAAGUUACAUGGAAAGGUGUUAAUGUAUACAGCAGAUAAAGUUAGGGAACCAGGAUAUUUUUAUAUCAGCUAAAAUCAUCAAAAAACUGCAAAGGCCACUUUGACGGCGUAUUUUGUUGAAAAAAUUUAGUUUACUGGUUAGAAAUUAAUUGAGAAAGAUGAACGCAACAAAUUGUAAGAAUGAACAAUUUCAGUUUUUAGCAUCUUUGACUGCUGAUGAAAUUAAAGGUUACAAAAAAGCCUUUCGUUAUUAUGACAAGAACAAAGACGGUUUUAUAAAUGCAAAAGAGUUUCUAUGUUUGUUGAGAAAUCUUGGGGAAAAUCCAACAGAAGAUGAACUUUUUGACAUGCUGAUAGAGAUGGAUAAAGACCAAAAUGAUGUAAUAGAUUUUAGUGAGUUUAUGGGAUGUAUGGCCGCGAGAAAGAAAAAUGAUCACAUUAACUGUUUGACUGAAGCAUUUAAAGUGUUCGAUCUUAACGGAGACGGAUUUAUUAGUGCCAACGAAUUUCGCACCGUUAUGAAGAGUUUAGGUAAUGACGCAAGCAGCGAAGAAAUUGAUGAUUUAAUAAAAUACGGCGAUGUUAAUGGUGAUGGCCUAAUUGACUAUGAAGAAUUUGCAAAGAUGUUAACGCAUGCGUUCAAUGAACAUUAAAUGAAUGAUUUAAACAAAAUCACGUAGC